AUGAGCACCAGUCGUGAGGUUUCGAACUCUUCCGCCACCACUUUUCAGACUGCACCAUUCGCUAGUAAGCAUCCCAAAGGCUUUGGCGAGAUGGUGCUGGUUGACGGUGUCAGCAUUACACAGACGUACUUGUUGCCGGUGCCCCACCUUCGUCAGUGGCUACCGGAGAAAGACAAGAAGGUCUGCAACCGUCGCAAGCUUGAUACGCUCACUGAAGACUCAGUAGAGCGCAAGAGUACCUACAAUAAGAUCAUGGGCAAGUCCGACGUGAUUCUAGGCGACAUUCGCCGCAAUAACACACAGGCCGCCGUUUCGCGUGCCUACUUGCGUGCUGGCCCGCGUGAAACCACUUAUUUCGAUCCUUCUACAGUCAAGGCUGCUAUCGUGACUUGCGGUGGGCUGAGCCCCGGUCUGAACAAUGUUGUGCGUGACGUUACCCUCGCUCUGUGGAACUUGUACGGCGUGCGUGAGGUCUACGGUAUCCGCAUGGGCUUUUCCGGCUUUUACAACUGGAAAUCACUGGACCAGAAGGAGGCUCCUAUCAUGCUCACGCCCAAGUCUGUGGCCAAUAUUCACCACUACGGUGGCACUAUCCUUGGUUCCAACCGUGGCGGCUUCGAGCUGGAAAAGAUCAUAAACUUUCUCACCACGUACGAUAUCUCGCAGGUGUACGUGAUUGGCGGUGAUGGUACCCAUCGUGCUGCUAACAAGAUCUCGGAGGAGUGCCGUCGCCGCAAGCUGGCAGUCGCUGUCGCCGGAGUGCCUAAGACUAUCGAUAACGACGUGGACCUUCUCGACCGCAGCUUCGGCUUUAACACAGCUGUCGAGGAGGCCCAGCGCGCCAUUCGCUCGGCUGGCACAGAGGCUCGUUGUGUGCCCAACGGUAUUGGUGUCGUCAAGCUUAUGGGACGUAGCGCCGGUUUUAUUGCUGCUCACGCGUCGCUUUCCAGCGGUGAUGUCAACCUGUGUCUCAUUCCAGAGAUUCCAAUUGAACUUGACGGUCCUCGCAGUUGCUUGGACCACCUCGAGCAUGUGGUGGAGGAGCAGGGCCACGGCGUGGUCGUUGUCGCAGAGGGCGCCGGCGAGGAGCUACUGGGCACUUCGGUGGAGGCCGACGCCGGCGGGAACAAGAAGUUGCCGCCUAUCGGCGCUUUCAUGAAGGACCGCAUCGAGGAGCACUUUGCUAAAAAGGGCAAGGCGUGUACUGUCAAGUACAUUGAUCCCUCGUACAUGAUCCGUUCGGUGCCAGCCAAUGCCGCCGAUAGUCUGUACUGUAUGCUGCUGGGCCAGAAUGCUGUACACGGUGCCAUGGCCGGGUACACCGGUUUUACGGUCGGUCUUAGCGCCAACCGCGUCGUGUACUUUCCCAUCGAGGCCAUCACGCGCAACUCGCCGCGUUGCAUGGACCCCUUUGGCCGUACGUGGGAGCGCGUGCUAUGCUUGACGCGCCAACCCAACACAGCUCGUGAGGGAGGCAUUAAGGGUGCUAAAUCUUCAGACUGA